AUGGGUCUCGUACGCAAUGUAGCCCUUGCGGUUCUUCUCAUCUCAUUUUUCACAUUUGCUGCCUUCUUUGGGAGACUGCCUGCGCUGAGAAAUACUCCUAUAGGAGCUUUACAUAGACUACUAUGGAUCCAUAUACCUAACGGACUGAGGAGACUCGAUCAAAAACUGACAGGUGGGAGGAUAAGUAUCACGACUACCAGAUGGGCUCAUACUUUAUGGAACGACAAGCAUCCUCUUAUCAUGAUAUUCUUCAUCCUCCUGCUCCUAGUCUCAGAAGUCCUAUUCCUACCACCAGCCUGGACAUUCAUGAGCAACCAAAGAAAAAUUACCGCCACCACCCUCCUCUCACUGCCCUACAUCUUCCUCUACAAAUCAGUCUACACAGACCCAGGCUAUAUAACCUCCACCAACCACACCCACGCACUCACCCUCUACCCCUACGACUUCACGCUCUUCCACCCCGGCCAAAACUGCCGAACAUGCCACCUCCUCAAACCCGCCCGCUCAAAACACUGUCAAAUAUGCAAACGGUGCAUCACAAAACUAGACCACCACUGCAUCUUCAUCAACAACUGUGUAGGCUACAACAACCAGCAUUUCUUCAUUCUCUUGCUCCUCACCACCGCAACGCUCAUCUCCUACGCUUCAUACAUCGGAUUCUCCAUCCUAUCAGCCGAGAUACUAAGAAAUCUAUCCUCCUGGACACCAACGGGAAAAGGUUACACUUGGGGGGAGUAUAUCAACAUCUGGGCCUGGGCCAUGCAAGAAUACACCCGCAUCGGCGCCGUCACGCUCCUUUGUCUCCUCACCGCCCCGCUCGUCUGGGGUCUUCUCGGCUAUCAUCUAUACCUCAUCUGGGCCGGCACCACCACCAACGAGAGCAUGAAAUGGAGCGACUGGACGGUCGAAAUGCAUGACGGGCUUGCUUUCAAACGUCCGAUCUCUCCUUCUAGAAUUAAAAACGAGGAAUACGAAAGCAGUUUCACGACUUGGCCAGUAGAAAGUCAGCAAGUUCUCGUCCGCACGUCGAAUGGCAAGCCGCCGAAGAUGGAUUUUGAGAUCGGGGAAGGCGAAUGGGUUCGAGUGUGGGGACUGAAAGACGUGGAGAAUCUAUAUGACCUGGGGUUGUGGGACAAUCUCCGGGAUGUGUUUUUAAAGAGACGGGCCGUUGCUUAG